AACUUCGGAGCAGAUAACAUUUUAUUAGUAUUACGCUCCAUUCCUUCGUAUAUUUUACUUUAUGCACAUAAAUAUUCUCGUAUGUAUCUACCCUUGACGGGUAAAAAGUAUAUAUUAUAUGUUAUGUAAACUAUGGAUUUUGCUUAUGUAGUUUUGGCUUUUGCCGCUUAUUUCUUCUAUGUUUCGGCGAAUUAUAAUAAGGAUGUUACAUGUAUUAUAGAUAAGGGUGGAAAAACUGUUUGUAAAACAAGUCCAAAAGUACUUAGACGUAGCGAUGGUGAUGUAAAAAGUAAAGUGUUGCCAUCUUACGAUCCGUACAUACCUCAAAAAUUCGAGCUAUUCUACAAUUGUACAAAACUAAAAUGCGAACAACUAUACUUAAAUUCACUAACGCAAGUCACAGAUCCUGACGUUAUUUUGAAAGGAUGUUACAAAUUAAAUGACAAAUUCGCAUGUGACAAUAUAAGAUACAAUCAUUUGAAGAAUGUAGAUAAAAUAUUGUUUCUUAAUAGCAAUGUUAAAGAUAAAACAUUUUACGUAGUGGAUUGCUUGGUUUAUAAUGACGGCGGGAGAGUAUGCCAUAGGAAAGAUGAUUUAGACUCACACGUUAAGCUUGUGGACACAGGAACAAUAGUAAGGCCGAACGAAACGUAUAUUCUAUCGCAAGAUGAAUUUAUUUGCGAAGAAAAUAACGAAGGCCAUGUUAAUUGUGAUAUAAAUCCAUUCGUGUCUUACGAUGAAAAGCUUGUUUUGAAAGAGUCACUGUUGACUAAUGCUAAAGUGCUUUUGAAAACUGGAAACUAUGUGGUGCAAUUGCAGAAGAACUGCAUUUGGACUUGGUGUGGUUACAGCGGCAUUAUAAUUAAAUCUACUAGAAGAGAUUUGCCUCGGUAUGAACCACCCGGUGGAAAGCAUCGACGGCGUUUUUGGUCUUCUGUCAAAUCAUUGAGUGGUCGUCUAAUUCACAAACUCAUGGGCUGACCGUCUAGUUCAAAGUUUCCUGUUGCCUAAAUAUAUUCCGAUGUUACUACGCGAAAAAACAGCAAAUUUGUAAGAGGAUACCAAGCAGACCAGGUCUUAUCGGAGACGGGAUAGACAGUUUCAAUUUUCAAGCUGGAUAAAUCGUCGCGCGCUCUAUUAUCAUUGGUUAUUCGUUACUUGGGAAUAAACAGUUUAGGUACAUUGUGGAAUGGUGUUUCUGUUUCGAUGUUUCUUUUUAUGUCAGAAAAAGAAAUAUAACUUACUUAUUUACCA